UUUUCUUUUUUUUUUUUUUUGUUCGCUUGUAAUAAUUUAAAAUCAUGAAAAUUAAAACUUAUUUUCUGCCGUUCCUUUUUAUAACUCAUACAUACUGUGCUUUAAUCCCUAAUAAUAGGGUUAUCAUAAAUUCCGAUUCUACUCAAGACUUUAACUUGGUUGAAGGAAUUACAUAUAAAAUUGUGCAUUUGAAGUCUGGUUUGAACUUGGAUAGCAAUAGUAACAAUAUUCAUGUCAGUUCUUCAUUUAACCCGUACCAAUACUGGUCAUUGCGAAAGGCUAACGAAAAUGAAUAUAACAUUGUAAGCGCAGUAUCAAGUAUGAAUUUAGACGGUAAUGGACAAGAAACAUAUGCUAGUAAACCUGGAGAUAAUUCUGUGUCUAAUCCAUAUCAACGCUGGGCAAUUAAAAAGGUUAAUAAUGAUACGUAUAAUAUUGUUCAUGUAAAUUCUGAAUCUCGGAAUUUAGAUAGCAAUGGUCAAGAAGUUUAUAUCAGUUCUUAUGAAAAUAAUUCUGAGAACAAUAUUUAUCAACAUUGGUCCUUUGAACCCAGUAAUUAUAAAUUAAACGCGGUAGUAAUGGAUUUUGAAUAUCCUCCUGAUCUAAAACAAAAACUUGAUCGUUACAAGACACGCACCAACCUUUUAAGCGGUAGUCUUGUGAUUAACAAUCCGACAAAUGGAACAAUAGAACAAACAGUUGAUAAAACUGAAAAAAAAUCAAGUAGUUAUACUUUGAAAAUCAGAAAGUCGGAAUCAUUUAAAGUUACAAAGAAUAUUGGUGUAUCAUUUGAUAUUGGUAGGACCAUUUUCGGGAUUUUAGGACUACAUACAGGAUUCCAAGGUGGAAUUAAAAAUGAGUUCAAUUCAACUCAUGAGGAGGAAUACAAGAAAUCCGUGAAAGAAUUAGUUUCAUAUCGUAUUAGACAGAAAGUUGAAGCACCACCUCUUACCUCAAUAAUGGUUAAUAGUUCGGUAGAUAAGAUUAACAUUGACAUACCAUUUAAAGCCAAAAUUCGAGUCACUGGCAAAGCUGAUAGAUUGGACGAAUAUGGAAGGAUUGUUCCAAUGACCGAUGUUGAUGCUAACGCACUUAGAUAUUAUCUUCAAAAGGAAUAUUACGAUGCUAAAGUUGUAGCUGAAGAAGGAAAUUCUCUUAUUAUCACUACAAACGGUAAUUUUAAAAUAGAUGGUUAUGGAUUUAAUGCGUUAGUUGAAGCAAUUCCUAUAAAGAAUUACCCGAGCAAUCCUCCGAGUCCUCCUAAUCUUCCUAAUCCUACUGACCCUUCUAAUCCUUCUAACCCCGAUCCCAACGUUCCUAACUCUCCUAAUUCUCCUGCUUAUCCAAACCCUCCUAAUUACUCUGACCAUAACCCGUUCUCUGAGGCCUCAGUCAUGUUUUAUUUCGCAAUUUAUCUCAUGAUGGUUUUCUCCAUUUUUGCUUUAUUGACCCUCUUUGUCUACAAAUUGUGGACUCAUUUUGCCAACAGAAGAGACAGAGUUUACCUUGGUUAAAAUAACGAGCAAAUUAAUUGUAAUAUUUUACAUUUGAUCGGUUUUUUGAGUCAAAAAUAAAAUUAUAACUUAUUGUUGUCUAAAUUUUAUAAUGUGAAAAUUGGCAUGGUUUUCUUCCUUUCAAAGUUAAUGACGUCCACUUUAAAUAUUAAUUUCUGCCGCCAAAAUCGUUACGCAUCAUCAGUUGUUUUGUGCUAACACAUGUUGAUAAUCACACUUCCUAAAUAGCCAAUUAUAAACCAAAAAACAACUAUUAAAAUAGUACGUAUAAUUAAUUACAUAGUUACAUAGACGAUUUAACAAAAGUACUACAGUAUAAAAAAAAUAAAAAUAAAGCAGCUAGUUAAUUUUGAAGCAAUUUUUUGAUUAAUAAAAAUUUAUUUUUAUAUGAUUUUUUUUUUAUUA